UUGAGCGUUAGAAUAUAAUAAUAAAUUGUUAUUGUGCAAUAAAUAUAGAAUUUCCUUCAUUUUUGCCUUUAAUUUUUUUUCGACAUGUAAUCUUCAUUAACGAAAAUAAAGUGUAAAAAGUUUUCAUAUUUUUGAAAUAUUGUUUUAUAAAUUAAUAAUAUACAUACAUAUGUAUGUAUGAAUGUUUCUAUCCAAGAAUCAUUCCUUAAUUCAGUUGUGUAUAUCUAUAUAAAAAGAAACAUGUAAAGUUUCCGGUAUGGGUACAAUAUAAAUAUCCUCAAAAUUAUUAUUUAGAAUGCUCAAUUCAACUACGAAUAUUGAAAUAUCAGUUGAAUAAUUACUUUUGUGAUUUAAAUACAUACUCCAAAAUUUACAUAUAUUUCUAGAAAGGUAAUAUUGAACAACUAUUUCAGAAAAUGAAGAAACGUUCAGCAAUGUCAAAACGAAAAACUUUUAUAUUUUCCUGUUUUGGGAUAGCCAUUGGUUUGUGUAUUGGAACAGUAUUCAAAAAUUAUAGAGCUUUAGAAAUCGUCAAAAGAUGUAAAAUAAGACCCACACAAACAAGAAGCGCCUUAGAAAUUAUUGGUAUGAGUUCUGAUGAGACAAUUUAUAACUCUCAAAAAAAUUUUGUUUUUGUGGGCGUAAUGACUGCAAAAAAUUUUUUGAAUGGCAGAGCAAAAGCCGUUUUCGACACUUGGGGUAAAGAAGUUCCUGGGCGAAUAGCUUUUUUUAGCUCAGAAGGAUCAUAUUCUUCCAGCAUUCCCGUUAUAGAUCUAAAAAAUGUAGACGAUAGAUAUCCUCCUCAAAAAAAAUCAUUUAUGAUGCUAUAUUACAUGUAUGAACAUUUCAUUGACAAAUUUGAAUGGUUUAUAAGAGCAGAUGACGAUGUUUAUAUGGAUGUUUCAAACUUGGAAGAAUUCCUUAGAUCAAUUGAUAGCUCUAAGCCGCAAUUUAUAGGACAAGCUGGAAAAGGAAAUAAUGAGGAAUUUGGUCUUUUAUCGCUAGAAUUUGAUGAAAAUUUUUGUAUGGGAGGACCAGGUGUUAUUCUUAGCCGAGAAACUUUAAGACGUGUUGCACCACAUAUACCGGCCUGUUUAAAGAAUCUCUAUAGCACUCAUGAGGAUGUAGAAAUCGGAAGAUGCGUUCAAAAAUUCGCCGGCAUUCCAUGUACAUGGAAUUAUGAAAUGCAAUAUAUAAUGAGACAUAACUCUAGCGGUAAAACUGCAUUCACAGGAAGUUUAAAAAAAAAAGAUGUUAACAGCGCCAUUUCUUUGCAUCCGGUGAAACAAGCCCCUUUAAUGUAUAGGCUACAUUCUUAUAUUCAAGGCUUGAAAGCGCACGAACUUCGUCAGGAAUCUCUAUAUGUACACAGGGAUAUAAUUAAAAUGUCCAAACUUUUAUCAUUAAAUGGGAUAUCUGAUAAAUACUUAGCACCUGGUGUUCCACUAUAUUCUCCACUAAGUGGUGAGGAACGUUUUGAAGACCACACCGUACUGGGUAUAAGUCCAGAUUUGAACAAAUUUCUUCCAAAUAACACAAAUGAAAUUUUAACUUGGGAAUUCAUUGCAAGAAGCUUGUAUUCAGCAUAUCAUUCUAAUCCUAAACGAAAAAUCGAUGGUACAACCAAAGAAGGUUUAGAAGAUGCUAUAAUAGAAAUUAUGGAACACAUUAAUAACUUUUCCAGACAACGUGGGAGGGUUAUAGAGUUUAGAGAACUCUUGUAUGGUUAUUCAAGAUUAAAUCCAGUACAUGGUCAAGAUUUAAUUCUAGAUUUACUACUAAUUUACAAAAAAUAUAGAGGAAAAAAAAUGACUGUACCCGUUCGUAGACAUCUCUACAUUCAAAGGUCUUUUACAAGUAUUUUCGUCAAAGAAUUUGAUGAAAACUUUUUUAAUUUAACUUUCCAAAUGAGCGCAAAUAAUUCAGAAUUUUCAUCUAAGUUUAAAAAUAUUUUAAACACAGGUUUUGCAAAAAUAUCUAAUUCGUUUUCGUUACCCGUUUUUCAAAUGAACGACAUAAAAUCUAAAAUAGCUUUUACCUUACCAAUAAAAGGUCGAAUAGAGUCAUAUAAGAAUUUUAUCCGUAACUAUGAGAAAAUUGCUAUAAACUCUGAUCACAAUUGUAAUCUCUUGGUAAUAAUAUUUGGGCAUGAUGAAGAAGUAAAAGAACAUAUUGAAAUAUUGAAAAGUUUAAAAAGUAAACAUGCUUACGAGGAAAUAAAUUUCAUAAGAAUUGUAGGAAAUUUUUCUCGGGGUUUAGGUUUAGAUAAAGCUGUGAGAUCUUCUUAUAUCAAAAAUGAGCAAAUAAUAUUUUUUAUUGACGUUGAUAUGUCUUUUACACAAGAAUCUUUGGACAGAAUUAGAUUAAACACAAUAGAAGGGAAGCAAGUUUACUUACCAAUUGUGUUUAGUGAAUACAACAAGAAUAGAAGGGCAUCUUAUCAAAAUGAUUUAAAUGAAAGAGGAUUUUUCCGGCAGUUUGGAUUUGGGAUUUGCUCUAUUUAUAAAUCCGACAUAAUGAGCCCUGAGAUCAACGGGCUUGACAUAGACAUUUAUGGAUGGGGUUUGGAGGAUGUGAAGUUUUUAGAAAAAAUUAUUGCCAAUUCAUACAAACAAAAUUUAAUUUUGCAAAACACAGCCGAUGCUGAAACUAAUUUCAUCAAUUUGAAUCAGACAAGAAAGAAAUUACACGUAUUCAGGUCACCAGAUCCAUCCCUAGUUCAUGUGUAUCACGAAAUAGAUUGUGAUUUUAAUUUGGAGGCUCUUCAGUACGAUAUGUGCCUUGGUACUAAAGCUAAUACCUUAGGAAAUACUAAUUUAAUAGAAGAAAUUUUUUUGAGUAACGAACAAAAUAUCGAUUAUAUAUUAAAAUUAAAUGGACGUAAUUGAACAAAAAUCAAUAAUCAACUCAAUUUUCUGUAUUAAGUGUUAAAAUUAUUUCAUAGUAGUUCUUAAACUAAUUUAUAUAAGCAAUUGGAAAAAAUUUAAAAUAAAAAUUUGUUGUCUAUUUA